UAAAUGUAUCCAGGCCCUGUUGCACAGAACGAGGGACUCACUUUUUCAAAGAUUAAUAAGGCUUUGUAAGGGGACAGAGAGAACUACACGCAGUGCUGAAAUAAGUAAGAGUCACAGAAGAGGUUGUGGUAUCAAUAAGGAACUGAUACACUGCGUUGAAGAUGGCACAUGGCAUGUAUACACCGUUUCUGAUCGGCCCCCAUAUACUGUCACCUAUACAGAGAACUCUUGCACUGCAUGCCCAUUGUCCUGUACUGAGUGCAAGAUCUGUGUGCACAGUUGUGUGUGUUCUUGCACAGACAAUUUGAUCAAGGGUAACCUCUGUGAACAUAUUCAUGCAGUGGAAAUCAGCAAAGGAACUGUAAAGCUCCCUAUGCAAGACAGGUUCUGCAGAGAGUCAUCUGUGCAGGAGUUAACACAAAUAGUUGCUCAGCAGACUUCAGGUGCUGGCAGCACUGUUGACUACCGAGCUGCUUUGGAAGACAGGCUGACUAUUGUGCAACAAUUAGCAAGAAGUGCUAACAGUGAAACUGCUGGCUUCCUCCUUGUGUCAUUUGAUAAAUUAAUUAAAGAAAUGAGGGCAGGCAUUGCAUCGCAAAAAGAACUCGUUGGUCCACAUUUUCCAGUAACUUCAGCUCCACCAAAUGAGACAUGCAGGAUUCAGAGACAGUUCCAAUCAGUAAGAAAGACAUGUGAAAAGAAGGAACAUUCAUUUGCAACACCAUCCUGUGCAGAAAUUGAGACCAUUAUACAAGACCUCUUGGGAAGUGGAAACAGUAGCUGAGACCAUGCAUAUGCAAAAGACAAGUAAGGAAACCAUCCAGU